AUGGUCUCGACCACGUCCUUCCUCGCGCUCUCGCUCGCCUCGCUGGCGUCGGCCCACGUCUCGUGCAACCCGCCGACGGCACCCGCGAACGGCUACUUUGCGACGACGAUCCGCGUCCCGCACUCGUACCCGGGCGCGAUCACGACCAACGUCUCGGUCCAGAUCCCAGACAAGGUCACGUCGGUCAAGCCGCAGCUCGUCGGCGGCUGGAAGGUCGAACUCGGCUACUCCGACGCCACCAACAAGACGCUCAGCACGGUCACGUGGUACGGCGGCGAGCUCCCGGACGCGCUCUACGCCGACUUUGGUCUCCAGAUGAAGCUCCCCAACGCCUCGGUCGGCACCUUCUUUUACUUUCCCACGACGCAGAUGACCAGCAAUGGCUCGCUCGCAUGGACGUCCGUGCCCGACGCCAACGGCAACCUCUCCGACCCCGCGCACCCGGCGCCCAAGGUGACGAUCGUCGCCGCUACGACGGCCAGUGCAGCGGUGACGCCAGCGCCGGCGGCGACCAAGUCCAACUCGGCCACGCUGACGGCGGCGGCGUCGUCGCUCGUGCUGGCCUCGGCGGUCGCGUCCAUCUGGUCAUAAACACAAACUCCAAGUCCUUCCUUUUCCAUACUAAAUACGCAUUGAAAAAAAUAGUACACUUG